CACACCCCACAGUGGUUUUUUGUACAGGCAAACACAUUUGCGCAGACAGACCAAAUCUUUCCUAGUUUCUUUCUCUCUCUCUCACACAUUUUCAGAAUGCCAGACAUUGAUGAACGCGAAAAGCCCAUCCUGCAGCAAUUCAAAGAGGUUGUACUGGACAAGCCAACAAGUGAACCCAAAACAGCGAGUCAUGAAUCCCGACUGACACAAGGCUUUGGACCAACCCCUCUAAGAGAUACGAAUGCACCGAGUAUAGAAAAAUCCAGUGUGCCAUCCAAUGCACGCCCUGGAGAUUCUCGAGUGAAUCCAUCAAGCCGUGAUUAAAUGAGAGAUAUGAGUGUGUAAUGGAGGGAAUAAUGCAAAAUGCAUUGUGUUUGAAAUUUGUUAUAAUAAACUUUAUUGGUGCAAAAGAUGGAA